AUGGACGGGUUCUUGACGCCCGCAACAAACGCACGCCAUGAGGCCGCAGGCCCCAACAUGGCCGACUCCCCGACCGGGACGACACCUGAGAGCGGCGAAACCACGCUGGCAGACAUCAGUGCCGAGAUCAGGGCACUUGCUGCCAACAUGGUCACCAAGGAUGACCUCCGCGGCCUGUCUGAAACCCUGUAUGCUGCAAUACACACAGAGGUAACUGCACUGAGAGCAGACUUGGUGGCACAGGACAGCAGACUUCAGCACUUAGAAAACACCACACAAGCCCACACAGCUGAAGCAGAGGCCUCUAACUUAGCCAUCACCAGACAGGGGAAUAUGCUAUUAACCCUGAGGCGCCAUACAGAAGAUCUGGAUAACAGAGGCCGCAGAUCCAACAUAAGGGUGCGCGGCAUACCAGAAUCUGCGGGGGAAGAAGAUGUGGAGGCUUUGCUGCGCGCACUAUUCAGAGGUAUCUUGGGGGCUGAGACGCCAGCCACGAUAGAGUUCGACAGGGCGCAUAGGGCCAACAGGCUGCGCACGAUGGAGGGGACUCCACGAGACGUCAUUUGCUGCAUGCACCAAUAUAAGCUAAAAGAAAAGAUCAUGGCCAAAGCGAGAUCCAGACCCACUUGGAGAUUCCAGGACGCAGAUGUGGCUCUAUACCAAGACCUCUCGCCCCUGACUUUAGAGGCGCGCAGAGCACUGAGACCAAUCACGACACAACUGCAGGAGAGGAGGAUCAAUUAUAAGUGGGGCUACCCCUUCGCUCUCCUAGCCAGGCAACAAAAUGAGUGGAUACCCCUGCGAUGGCCGGAGGAGGCACCCAGAUUCUUACAGCGCCUGGGCCUGCCGCCCACAGAAAUCACCAACUGGAUCCUGAACCAACCUGAACAGAGACCUGGCCCACAGACACCGCACAAGUACACCUUGGCCCUUACACACUUACCUAACUCAUCAGCUCGCACGAGACAUUAA